AUCGUUUCUUAUUCUUCUUCUUCUUAUUAUUAUUAUUUAACUUACACGCUUUUUUUCUUAUUACUAUCAUUAUCAUUACUUUAUAUACAUACUUUUUAUAUAUACAUAUAUUCAACACAUAUCAUGUUUUUCCUUAAAGAAUUAUCACAUACAAUCACUCUUCAUCCUUCGUAUUUUGGACCCAACAUGCAAACACAACUGAAGGACAAACUAUAUGCGGAUGUAGAAGGUACUUGCUCGGGGCGGUUUGGAUAUAUUAUCACGGUGGUAUCAUUGAUGAACAUUAGCAAAGGCAAGGUAUUACCAGGAUCUGGAUUGGCUGAAUUCCGUGUCAAAUAUCAAGCCAUCGUAUUCAAACCAUACAAAGGUGAAGUACUGGAUGCUGUAAUUACCACUGUUAAUAAGAUGGGAUUCUUUGCCGAUGUUGGACCAUUACAAGUGUUUGUUUCUAGUCAUCUCAUACCAAAUGACAUGCGAUAUGAUCCUAAUAGUACUCCACCAUGUUAUGCGUCUGAUGAUCAGGUGAUACAUAAAGAUGCACAAGUACGAAUCAAAUUGGUGGGGACACGUAUUGAUGCUACUGAAAUUUUCGCCAUUGGAACAAUCAAGGAAGAUUAUUUGGGUGUGAUCUCAUCUUGAAAAAAAAAAAGAAGUAUUUUUUAGAAUAGAACUUUAGUUUGUUAGGAUUUGUGUUAUAUCUACUGUUUUCAAAGAUGUCAUUUUGAUCUCAUUGCAUGAAAGAUGGUAACUUUUUUUUUCUUUCUUUUUAUCUUUUUUUUUCUUUUUUUUUUCUUUCCUUCUACACAAUACAAUUGAAUAAUAAUAAAACAUGAUGGAUGGAUUGAUUAAUUA